AUGGCGAAAAGAGCAAAAGCAAAGGUUAUUAGGAAGGUCAUGGAUGCUCGGAGUGGAGAGUACUCUAAGUUAUUUGACUAUGCCCUUGAGCUGAAGCACAGUAAUCCUGGUAGCAGUGUGCAUAUUGCCCUUGAUCCUGAGGAAGAGGACCAUGUGUUUCAAAGAAUGUAUAUUUGCUUUGAUGCAUGUCGAAGGGGUUUCUUAGAUGGAUGCAGGAGGAUGAUAGGGCUUGAUGGUUGCUUUCUAAAGGGUCCUAUGAAAGGGGAGCUGUUGUCAGCUAUUGGGAGAGAUGCAAAUAAUCAGAUUUACCCUAUAGCUUGGGCUGUUGUGGAAUAUGAGAAUGAAAUACGUAUCAUGGUGACAAGAAGGAUUCAAGAGAACAUGAGCAAUAGUGAUAGAUGGGCAAUGACAACAUGCCCCAACAUUCUCAGGAAGCAGCAGGACUCGACAUCGCAUAAUCCUUCUCACAAUAGUAGUGCACCGUUGGCCAUUGAAACAUCACCAUCUAAAGGAAAAGGUCAAGCUGCAUCUCUGAGCACAAAGUCAACUAAAAGAAAGGCAAUUGAGGGUUACGGAUUGUAUUAUAGUGAAAGAACUGGUUCAUCAUUUAUUCAGACUGGUCAAAAGAGAAGAGUAGUGCCCUUUGGGAAGUCAAAGUCUGAAGCUAAAGCCACUGCUGAUGGGAAUGCCUUUGUUGUCAUUGAGACAAGUGCAGGUGGUGCCACCUCGUCUGCAAGAGCAACCAUCAAUGUUACAAGCGGGCGUGCAACUACAAAGAUUAAAUCUAGUUCAACUAGCAGAGGAAGGCCGAAUAAAUCGUGA